AUGAGCCGAUCUUUGCUUCGUUUGCGUCAGUUGUGUUUGCGCAGGGUGCUCGGCACUCGUGGAUGUGCAAAAAAAAUGGCGGCUACAAUGGCGACGAAAUCGUUCACCACGGGUGUUGAUUUGAAAGGCGAAGAAGGUUCCAUUUCCCGCGGUUCAAUCGAAGUAUGCCGGCUCAUGGCUCCUGAUGAUGCUAACAUCGCUGGGAAUGUACAUGGUGGGACUACAUUGAAGGUAAUCGAGGAAGCCGGGCUCAUUCUUGCCACACGCCACUGCAAUAAGAACAAUGCGGGCAACAGGCCGGCGUAUGGUACCUUGGCGCGCGUUGAAAGGACAGAUUUUUUACAGCCAUUGUACAUUGGAGAAGUCGCAGAAGUUCAAGUGCAUUUAGGCUACGCAUCAAAGCAUUCUGUGGAAGUAAUGGCAUUUCUGUGGGCUGAAAAUCUUACAACCGGAAGUCGCCGACUAACGAACCGUGCUUCGAUGUGGUACGUUCCGGUGAUAACAGGAAGUGGCGGAAAGAGGAUCAUACCGGAAGUCCCGGCCAUUGAGUAUGCAGGCCAGGAAGAAGAGGAGAGGGGGAAAGAACGCUACCUCAAACAAAAGAGAGCUAGGCAGGAUAAAGAGGAGCAUUUGAAAAAGGUUUUAUACAUUUCAGAUACCUUAGAACUGACACAAGAUACCUUUGGUCUUAUGUAAAAUAAAUAUGGGGUUUCAUUGUCAUCAGGUGUGGAUGCACAGACUUUGGUAAAAGGUAUUUCCCAGGUUAACAAAGCUGUGGUAAAUUUAAUGUGGGGAUAGUUUGCCGUCGAUCAUAGCAUUAUUUCGUGUAUUUUGAAAAUGUAUUGUUAUUUCAGCUAAGAUUUCAACUGACAUUUUUUAGUCCUGGGAUGGGUGAAGGUACAUAUAAUUUAUAUAUUUUUUUUAUUCUUGGCCUUAGAUUCCAUUUUGUAGUUUAGCUGCAUCCCUUUGUUUGAUUAUCUGCCAGGGAUAAAACAUAUUUUUUGGUAAACCUCAUGCCUAUGCAGUGUCCAACAAUGUUGAUUUAAUCUUGAUUUAAUCUUAACCUGAAAACUGCCAUGUCAACAUCGAUCUAUAAAACAGCUUGAAAGAAACUCCUUGAAAUGAGCAAUUUUUUUACAGUUUUAUGUUGAUGUGAUAUGUGUAAUGAAGAAUCCUGAUAAGCCUUCUUGUCCUGGGGAGCUGUGUGAGGGGAAGGCAAAAUAAAUAUAUUUAUUAUAUAUAAACACCAAUGAAAUACCAGGUGAGCUUUUGCGCGAAAAAAUGAUUUCUUUAUGCUUAUUUUCACAUGUGAAAAGAUCACCAUUGUUAUGGCUACAUAAUAAAUCGUGCCUUUCGCAGAAAAAAAUAUUUAAGUGAAAUGGUUUGGAAUUUCAUUGGUGUUUAUGUAAUAAAUAAAACAUUACAUGGUCGCUUGGAGAUACAAAAUUUCUCCUCUUGUGAUGAAAAAUAUUUUUCAACACUCGAAGAGAAAUUUUGUAUCUCCAGUGGCCAUGUAAUAUCCUCUAUGCAAACUAAUUAAAUAAUAAUAGUAAUAAUGAUAUUGAAAAUGAUAAUGACAAUGAUAAAUGAUAUUAGUGAUAAUAAUUAUGACAAUGAUAAUGAAAAUAAUACUACUCUCACUGUUGUUAUUUUUGCUUAGUUGUUUUAGUUUCUUGCUGUUAAUAGUACAUGUUGUGUUUAAAAAAAUUAUUUUACAUUAAUUCUCUCGGUCUAAAUUCUUUCUCACAAUUAGAUCCAACCACUAUUUGUUACUGACAAAGCAUCUCUGAUGGAGUAUAGAACCUCUAAAGGUGCUGUUUCUCACUGUAGUGUUCUCAACUCACAGUCGUCUUUGAUCCACUCUGUACAACCCUCAGAUUGUAUUGAUAAUGGUUAUGUACUUGGAGGUGUCACCAUGAAAUUAAUGGAUGAAGUUGCUGGAAUAGUUGCAUUCCGACAUUGUAGAACAAAUGUUGUGACAGCAUCAAUAGGUAAUAUAUAGCUACCGUGUUAUCAAUAAAUAUUACAGUCGCAGUUAAUAGAGAGCUUUAGAUUUGAGGAUGAGGAGGACUUUGAGUAUGAGAUUUAACUUAAAGCUUUUUCGCAUAUUCUGGAAAAAUAUUCAAUCCGGCAAGCUUCACUAAUUGUACUGUUUUUCACCUGAAAAUUUAAUGCAGUUAUUUUUAUUGGAGAAGGUUUAGCCCUUUCCAAAUCCCAAUAUGAUUAAACUGCUAAAAUUUGAUAACUUGUUCCCACCACUGCUCCAUUCUUGCUAAAACUCAUAGUGGAAUGAUGAUGGCUAUCACGUUUUCCCGCCAAAAUGACAUUGGCUCAGACAAGAGCACUACUUAGUACUUCUAAGUGCUUGUAGUUGUCCUUGUCUUAGAAUCUAAAGCUCUCUAAUAAUUAUCGGAAUGCUUAAUUAAGACACCAAGUGGUACCAGUGGCAUGGUGCGAUUAGAUUAGUAUCUAUCAUAGAUGUGAUUUGCCAUACAAAUUCUCCUCACUGAUAUCUCCAUUAUAAUUGUAUCAAAGAAUGUUUGGAAAAAGUUGAUGAGGGCCGGUAUAAUAGUCUCAGUACAUAAGAGGCUAAAUCAGUUUAAUGCUGCCCUUACGUUAGAGCUAAGAGUUGUACGUUAUGCUUUGCUUUUAUUUGCAAUUUUUUGUUUAACACCUUUUUUAGAUUCUUUUCUUAAGAGGUACAAUGCAUUGUAACUAAAAUUAUUUAAUUGGCAAGUCAGUUGUAGAUAUUUCCAAUAAUGAAUUAUAAGCUUGAUGUCAUUCAUUUUAUAUUUACAUUUAUGUUUGCAUAAUGUUACUGACUUCUGUAGUAGGUUAUUAGAACCAUGCAUCUGCUUUUGUUAAAGUGCAGAGUUACUAAGAAAUUUUGGACUAUAGCCCUCAACAAUAUCACUUAUCAGUGAAUCACCAUCUUAAUGCUAAAGGUACAUGAUUGUUAUCUUCAGUUAUUCUCUUUCUUCCUGAAGUUUUAAUUUGUCAACAGAUGCAAUUGACUUUCAUGCACCGGUGAAGCUAGGUCAUGUAAUACAUUUGGCUGGAAGAGCGACUUUUACCAGCAGUCGUUCAAUGGAGAUAGAAGUUGUUGUUGAUUCUAAAGAUUAUGUAUCAGGUAUAGCUGUUUAGUUUCAAUAGGCCUACAAUGAACCCCACCCCCACCAAAAGUAAAAUAAAAUAAUAAUAAUACUGUAAAAUAACGACCCCCCCCUCCCCCCCCCAAAAAAAAAAGGAAGAAAGGAAAAAAAGAAAAAAAGAAAAAAAAAAUCAGCAAGCAACAAUAACAUCAAAACAAACUAUAAUAAUUAUUGAAGGUAAAAUAGACAGUUGAAAAAGGGAAACAAAUACUGUAUUAAAAGGAAAACCUUCAGAGUCAAGAUAGAGCAGCAGGAUCCUUCCUGCUGUCCAUUUAAGGGAGGUGAUCUUUUUAAUAUCCAGUGUUUCAUUGGUGGAUCUCUCGGCUGGCUGCCCUGGGUCUAGUUGCAUGAAACCUAGGCUAGUGAGGCCUCAAGAAUUUUGUUUUGACUCUGGGUUUUAGCGAAUGGUCCAUGGAUAGGGUUUCCUUCGAGGUGGUGUACCUAGGAAUCAUCAAAAGCCAGAGUUAAGAUUUCUAUACUGCCCCAUACAUAUGUUAUAUUACAUUGCUAGCCUCGCUUUGGUGCAAAUAGACUACGGCCGGCCGAGAGUUCCACCAUAUUUUGCAUCGAUUGUAGAGUUGCCUGUUAUUGCUGAGGAGAGAGAGCCUCCCUAUUCAACUGUCCACUGAAUUUAAUACCUUAAUGUCUUUUGAUCAAUCGAGUUUCACCUAAUAAUACAUAGCAUAUUUUGGUUUCAUGUGACUCCUAACGGGUUCGAAAUUUGGAAACAACGUAACUAAAUUUAAUUGUAUCUGGACGUACUUUAAUACUGUAGUUUACCGCGAAAUAUACCCUGCUGUUUAUUUACCAUUUUUUUUGUUCUUUUUCUUUCUUUCACUCUGUCUCUCUCUCUUUAUUUCUUUCUUUCUUUUUGCUUUCUCUCUUUGUCCUUUUUUUCCCGUCGUUGUUGUUGUUGUUUUUCAGAUUAACUUUUCGCCUAUCUUUUAGAUAAGAGUGUGAGAACGUGCAGUGCGUUUUUUACAUACGUCUCAUUGGAUGCUGAUGGACUGGUCAAAGACAUUCCUCCUCUUGAACUACAUACAGAUGAAGAACGAAAGCGGUUUGAGGCUGGAAAGAAAAGAUACCUACACCGCAUAGAAAGUAGGACUAGUUGCAGGUGA